AUGGAGACGACCUGCGCACAAUGCCCAGGUAGUGACAUCCACGACCUCGUCUACUGCGUGCCCGACGGGGCAAUCAGCAGCAUUACGCGGCGAGCGACGUCAACAUCACUGCCGAUGGUAUGUCCAGCGAGGAACCGCCGUCUUCGAUCUCCUGCACACGGCGGCGGUGUUCCGGGCGAACCUGGCAGGCGCAGCCUGUCUGCCACACUCGCCACGCUGCCGCGCCCCUGGCUGCUCGCCCUGCGGCGCGACCUGGCCCUGCGGCCGCUGGAGGAUGCCCUGCUGGGGCUGCGGAGCUGCGGCUCCGAGGCGGAG